AUGAGUGAAACCGAGCUCAGCAAGCGUCUGCAGUCCUUCUUGACUACCGAUAAGGGGAGAUUCAACGAGAUCACUGCCCUCUCGCAGAAGGCCAUCAACGAUGGCAUGUCCCAACUGUUGAAUGAUCAUCCGGAACUUACUGAAGUCAAGGCUUCCCUGGAGGGCAUUGGCUCUCUGGAUGCCACACUAAAGACCAGCCAGCUUGCCCUGAACGUUACCGGGCAGCAGAAUGCCGUCUCCAUGUACUAUUGUACCUUGGGGUUAGGGACUGUUAACUUCACCAUCCUGAAUGAAGAGGUUCAAAUUACCGAUUGGACUAUUGCUUGGACUUGUAAUCUUGAUAAGGAGGUAGUUGAUCCAAGUUCUGAUGAGUUCAAAGAAGUUCAAACACAGAUCAUGCAGCCUGGGGACUACUCAAUCAGUUCUCUAUUCUUUGCUUUCACUAAUGAUCAUAUCAUCACUUAUGACCGCGAACAGAGCACCUUCAACGGCGCCGAUCUGUCCGACGAGCAGAUGACUUAUUUAGGUAUUCUCCUGGGUCGUUGGUACACGAACCAGGACAGUCCCGAGACGGUGAACGAGGAGGCACCAUCCUUUCCUCCAACAUCUCUGAAGCUACAGACAUACCCUUAUAUCGCUCCCAAUGAGACGAAGCCUGCGGAGGGUCUUGGGUCGAUAGGCGAAAACAACAUGCUACUCUACCUUCAAAUGACUGACAAGCGACCGUUUCCCGAUAUCCGCCUCCUUGAGCAUUCGGGGAACUACGUCUCCAAGGGCAUGAACGGCACGAUUAUCAUCGAUCGGGACAUCAUCUGGGAUAGAUACCUCUUUCGAGAUACUGUCCCCAAGCUGCUAUCGCAAUUCAAUAUCCACACGUACGCGUGGGUGGCCAGCGCGAAUAAUUCGGAGCUCUUUGGAGAGCAAUGGUCCAUUGCGCUCGGGGACCCGAGCCAUUCAAGCGAUGCUAGUUUUUAUGCGUGGAAGCAAGUCUCGAGUCUUUUAGCUUGGACGUGGACUCCCUCCAACGAGAAGCAGACAUAUCAGCACACGUACAAGUCUGAUGCAGGCUGGAACACUCUUAACAUCAAAUGUACCACAUCCAACAAACUGAGCGCCAUGUCCGGAACUGGCACCAUCAAUGCGAGUGGGACCACGGGUAUCACCGUUGAUUGCGAGGCAGCUGCCACUACCUUUCCGAUGGUCGGGGGGUACAGGUACACCAUCCAUGUCACCAUUAACUGGCAAACUGACAUCACAGUUACCACCACCAACGGUGGUCUGAAGUUCUCUCUUAAUCUGCCCGCCGAUCUGACCAAGGUCUUUCAGGUGACAGCGGAUCCUCUGCAGUGGAAUGGUUCAACAUCGGGCUUUGACGAUAAACUGGAAGCUGUCAAGGCUAUAUACCAGAAGUUCCAGGACCGGCUCGUGCAGCAAUUCCAGAAUGAUACCUCGUUCGGUGAAGCCGAGAAGAGUCUGGAGAGUGACCUCAACACCUCGGCCCGGUUCGUGAUUCCAGGCAAGGGCUCAUUGGCUUAUGAGAAUCCGAUUUUCAACAACAAUGGGGACCUGAUGAUUGAGGCCAAUUAUAUAGUGUAG